AUGAGGUGGGGUGAGCAGCAUUCCUGGAGCAUUCAUCUUCACAUGUGGCUGCUGAGCUGACAUGAUUGAUUGACUAAGCCAUUGUGAUGUAAUAUGGUACAAUAAGUGAGGUCAGAGGCUCUGACUCACAAAGCUCUGCUUGGUCAUUGCACUGGACAAGUGGCAGUCUGAUUUCAAUCUUUGGGUAGCAACCAGGAUGUCCUCCGUGUCAUCUCCUUCCUUUAUUCUGAACUAGAUGAAUGGACUAAGAAGAUAAAAUGGCACCCAAAGCACCUCCCAAACCACCUCCCAAACCACCUGUCAAAGCUGGACCAAAAAAGCCCAUUUUCCAGCGAUUGGGUGAGUUCGUGGAUCCAGAUAAAGCCAAACGAAGAACUAAAAUACUGGUUUUCAUCUCCUUCAUUCUUGCUGUAAUUGCAACCUAUCUGUACAAAGCUGAAGUAAAUAGGAAGGAGAAGCAUAUAAAAGCAGUGGCUUCAAUUCGGCAAUUUGCUGUGGAUUACGAUCCAAGUUUAGAAGGCAAAACUGACUUGGAGAUCCUUGCUGCGGUUCAUCUCUUAACAUUGGAGCUGUUCAAUUGGACCCUAAAGAUCGAAGAGCUAGAAGCAGAACUUAAAAUUCUUACUAAAAUGCUUCCAGAGUGGCAAUCUUUUGAAAGAAAUCUCUAUUACUUUUCCUCUGUAAAAAAAUCUUGGUCGGAUGCUCGUAAAGACUGUCAACAACGGCAUGCUGCAGAUUUGGUUACUUGUAGAUUUGGUGAAGAACAAAUUUUUAUAGAUGAAGUGGCAAAUAGAAAUAAGCGUAGCUAUUGGAUUGGACUACAGAAGAACACGAGUGGUCCUAGAGGGCUGGUGUGGGUAGAUGGACACGAUGCAGACAAUCACUUCUGGGCUCCAAGGCAACCCAGUGGUGGAUAUAAAGAAACCUGCAUUCACGUCGCAUCUCACUGCUCAGUUAAGCACUGUUGGCAUGAUGCUCCUUGUAGUCACGCAACAUACUUUAGUUGUAAGAUGAAGCCGAAAAAGGUGUGGUUCUACUAGCUAAUUCAAGACGGUGAAAUCUGAUCUCCAAAUCCAGUAGCAUUGGCGCUAAUAAAUGCAUGGCUGGAACCAAAUUUUGCCAACUUCCUUUUCUCUGCCGGCUUCCUACUCGUCCUUAUCCUCUCGACAAAACUUAUCUUACACUGUCUGAAAAAGUUUAUUGAGAUGUGGUAAGUGGAGGUUUGCUGAAUUAGUGGUCCAGAAUGAAAACCCAGAGCAGAUAAUCAAGGCUCAUUGCAGCUUUUAUUAUUCAGGGUUCACUGGAAAGACUCCCUCUGUAGCAUAUAGAAGCCUUAACCCUGUAAGCAACUACAGGUUGUGCAUCAGUCACACCCAUUCCUGGACCAACAAGCCCUGCU